AUGUAUACUCUCCUAGUCGAAAUUGAAGUACCAUAUAGCCCGGAACCAUUCACUUCGUAUCAAAUUGUGGUCAUGGGAAAAGAAACGCAAGCGAUUGUAUCAUCAUCAUCACAAAGAAAGAGAAGAAUCAAGAAGCUAGUGAAUAUUGCAUCACCAUCGUCACUACCAGAAAAUGUCGUUGAGGAAAUCUUCUUAAAGCUUCCGGUAAAAUCCCUAAUGAGACUUAAAUCCCUCUCGAAGCAAUGGAGAUCAACGAUCGAGUCUCACUUUUUCUCACAUAUGCACUUGAAGAUCGCUCAGCGAUCACACGUAGAUCAUGCAAAAGUCAUGAUAAUCACUUGGAAUCCAGACAUAAAGAAUAUUAGUUUUAGGACCAUCUCUUUGGAAUCGGUUAGGUUCUUACCCUCUAAUCUUUUCACAUUCCCUCACGCAUUCCGAUUCCAUGAUGCGACAUACGCUUCUGAAAGCUGUGAUGGACUUUUCUGCGUGCAUUCCCCAAACACACAAGAGAUAUAUGUCGUUAAUCCGGCAACACGUUGGUUUCGACAACUUCCUCCGGCUAGGUUUCAGAUUUUAAUGGACAAGCUAAACCCCACUCUAGAUACUUUUGGAGACGUGCAAGUGCAAUCAAUCUCUCAUCUAGCAUUCGUGAAGGCCAAUGAUUACAAAUUAGUGUGGUUGUAUAAUUCCGACAUGUAUAACUCUGAUGCCUCAAGUCCGGAUGAGAGAGUUACCAAGUGCGAGGUUUUUGAUUUCAAGGCAAAUACUUGGAGAUACUUGACUUGCACUCCAAGUUAUCGGAUAUAUCAUGACCAAAAGCCAGUAUCUGUGAACGGGUCACUUUAUUGGUUUACAGAACCAUAUAAUACCGAAAUCAAAGUGAUAGCUCUUGAUAUUCGUACCGAAACAUUCCGGUUGCUGCCUAAGCCUAGCUUUAUUACUAGUUCAGAUCCUAGCUAUAUUGACAUGUACACUUUGGAUAAUAGUUUGUGCAUGUAUGAAACAGAAGGGAACAAAAAAAUCCAAGAGAUUUGGAAGUUGAAAUCAUCGGAAGACGUAUGGGAGAAGAUUUAUACCAUAAAUUUGCUUUCUUCUUAUUAUUCUCAUUUCGAUUUUCUCGACGGAUUUAGUUCAACCGAUGGAUUUAAUUGGCCCCAAAAGGAUUUGGUUAAGCCAUCCAUACCCGUGGCGAUAUACAAGAAAAAGAAGAUCCUGCUCUCACAUCCCUAUACCCGCAAUUUGGUAAAUCCCCAAACAGAACGUCUCUGCUCAUUUUUCAAACAUUUUUUGUGUAUUUUAGGAUCGGUUACUUAUUUUCCAAGUUUGAUCUCUCAUAUUUAA